CUUAUCAAAGUUUAAAGAAAGGUUGUCGUCGUCCCCUCAGUUUCACGUGUAGUAGGAAGUUUACAGACGGACUUGAAUUUUGUUAUGAUGGCGGAUAGUGUGUGGACGUGGAUCUUAAAGUUGUGUGUUUUAACUAAAAUCUUUCUCUUUACUACCGCACAGACAGAGCAUAUGACAAACGUGGCUGUCAACAAGCCAUGCAGCAUCAGCUCGCGGUAUGUUGGUGGAGCCUUGUCCGGAGACUGUUCUGUGGCUAUCAAUGGAAAUACUAACACAACAUUCGUCACAGUGAGCACGCCACAGAACUGCAUCCACACUAACCAAUCUGAUUUCCAUCCAUUCUGGUCAGUGGAUCUGGAACAAAACUUUUCUGUGCACAGAAUAACCAUCUAUGGUCGCUACCAAAUGGAGAAAAGAAUGGACUGUGUUCAAGUCUCACUCGACGGACGAGAGCUUUAUAAGUUCCCGUGUCCAGGCACAACAAAUGUGAUAACAAACAUUACUGCAAAUCCGUCUCAACGAGGACGAGUGGUUAACAUCACAAGAGACCAACCAUCUGACGGAGAUCUCGCGCCAUUUUUAAACAUUUGUGAAAUCCAAAUAUGGGUGUGUUCAUCUGGCUAUUGGGGACAGAACUGCACUGCCUGUGCCAUUGGAUGUAAUAAUACGUGUGAUGACAUAGAUGGAGCUUGCAGGUGUAUUGACGGGUGGACAGGACCACGAUGUACGGAGUGUUCAGACGGUCACUACAAUGAGUCUAACGACUGUCAAAACAUCUGUGGUAAAGGAUGUCAUGACACAUGCAGCAGGACUGAUGGGACAUGUCAGUGUCGGCCAGGAUGGCAGCCUCCUCUGUGUCAACACUGCUCAGACGGUCACUACGACGCAUCUAAUGACUGUCAAAAUACCUGUGGUGGAGGAUGUCACGACACAUGUAGCAGGACUGACGGGACAUGUCAGUGUCAACUAACAUGGCAGCCUCCUCUGUGUCAAGGGUGUGCUGACGGGUGGUUCGGUUCUGAGUGUACAGAGUGCGGCCACUGCGCCAACAACAGCGUCUGUGACAACAACACCGGCGUCUGUCCCUUUUGUGAUGGAGACUUUGUAGCCCCCCUGUGUCUAGAUGCGAGGGAGGCUGUCAGUCUGGUGGGUCCAGUGGUUGGUGCUGCUGUCACGUGUAGUGUUGUCUUCCUGGCUACUGGCGUCGUCAUUGGCUUGUUGUUACGACGAUCCCGCUCUCAGCAACCAUCUGAUACAGUCCGGCCACAUCUUCAGCUCUCGAUGACAUCUGACCUAAGUAAUUCCUUGACGACAACACCUUCAGCACAGCUCGCAGAUUCUACAAAUCCAGACAACACCACAGUCUACAGCAACGUCGACCCCCACGUCAACACCUACGACAUACUCAACACACGUGACAACACGAACACCUACACCUCUCUCAAAACACGUUUUUAAAGGACAUUCCAUAAACUGUUCACAGCUCAUGGGUGCAGUGACACUAGAUUUUUUUUAAUGGUCUUCAAUAUCAUUUUCAGACCUUCAUGAAUUCAUUAUAUGAAUGUCGAAAAAAUGGGAGAGAGAGAAAGAGAGAGCAAGCCUAGUAAGUUUACAGCAGUUUGAUACUUAUUUCUUCACUUUAAUUAAACUUGAUUAUUGAGUAGUUGUUAUUUCUAGGGUUGACCGUGAAUAAUGUAUUGCUGUUGUUUAGGACACUUUAAAAUUGGGUAACAGUACAAAGAAUUGUUUUGCGUGUGUGGGUUAGAAAAGUUCUGUUGAUGUCAGGGUUAGGCAUGUGUUUUCGUUUUUUGUAGAACGAAGGUGCAAACGACAUGACUAUUUGAUUUAUUCCCACACGUCCCACUCACACAUCCUAAUAACAAACAGGUUUUC